AUGGAAGUUAAUAAUACUUCACCUACAGCAAUGUCCUUGCCUCAGAACAGGAGAAUCCACAGUAUGAAAUGUGAAUCAUCCAACCCACUGGGAUGUUUCCAUGGCGGGGAGUGUGUCCACAGAGCCGUGUGUGACUGCAGCCUCUUCAAUGCCACGGGCCCCAGGUGCCAGGCAGUGCAUAACACAGGUGCUGAAAGAGAUCAUGUGUGCAGGACGUGGGGCCAGUACCAUUUCGAAACUUUUGAUGGACUCUAUUAUUACUUUGCUGGGAAAUCCACCUACGCCCUUGUGAGGCACACAGAACUGGAUGAGCAGAGCUUUUCCAUACAGGUGAAUAACGAUCCUGAAUGCCAUUCUUCUCCUUAUUCCUGCAAAAGGUCCAUUAGUUUGUUCUUUUCUGGAGAUGAACAGAUAGAGCUGAGCAGUGAAGUCACCUAUAAAGGAUUUGGAGUACAAUUGCCUUAUGUUAUUGGGAACUUACACAUCCAGAAACUGGCUGGAUACUUCCUGGUGAGGCACCAGUAUGCCUUUACCCUGGCUUGGGAUGGAACAUCUGCAGUGUACAUCAAAAUGGCACCAGAGUACCUGGGCAAAACCCAGGGACUGUGUGGAAACAAUAAUGCAGUUGUGCAGGAUGAUCUGGAAACCAGUUAUGGAAAACUGACAGAUGAUGUGACAGAGUUUGUAGAGAGCUGGGAGGAAAAUCCUCCCCAAGGAGCAGCCAGCUGGGAUAAAUCUCUGCUCAAUGAACCACCGUGUGUGAGACAAAGCCAUGAAUCUCUGCAGAGGGUGUAUGCCCUGUGUAAUAUCCUGCUACAUCCCCCAUUUAAGCCAUGUCAUGAGUAUGUGAGUCCUCUGUCUUUUAUGGCAAGCUGCACAAAUGAUCUCUGCAUGUCGGCAGCUGAGGAUGCAGCGUGGUGCCGAGCCCUCACCGAGUAUUCCAGAGCCUGUGCCCAGGCAGGAAAGCCCCUGCAGGGAUGGAGAGAACACUUCCAGCAGUGUGCCAUUACCUGUCCUGCACCCUUGACCUACAGGGAGUGCCUCAGGUGCUGCCCAGAGUCGUGUCACCAGCAGUCCCAGUGCAUUGGCAGUGAGCUGCACUGCAUCGAUGGCUGCUACUGCCCCGAGGGCUUAAUUUAUGAAAAUGAAUUGUGUGUGAAGCCUAUGGACUGUCCUUGUGACUACCAUGGAAAUUUCUUUCAGAUGGGUUCAGUGGUUUAUGAAGAAUGUAAUAAUUGCACCUGCAUUGGAGGAAAGUGGAUCUGUACAAAUUUCACAUGUCCAGCCGAGUGCUCAGUGUCAGGAGACUCUCACUUUGUGACGUUUGAUGGGCGCAGGUUCACUUUCCAAGCCCCCUGCCAGUACAUCCUGGCCAAGAGCCACAGCUCGGCAGCCUUCACCAUCUCCCUGCAGAAUGCUCCCUGUGGACAGAACCAGGAUGGAUCCUGUAUCCAAUCUGUCAGCCUUAUUCUUAAGCAGGACCCCAAGAGACAAGUGACUCUGACUCAUUCAGGAGAUGUUUUGAUCUAUGACCAGUACAAAAUAAACCUGCCCUAUGCAGAUGAGUUAUUUGAAAUACGGAAACUCUCCUCAAUAUUUGUGCAAGUGAAGACUCAGAUUGGGCUGCAGAUCCUGUAUGACAGAGAAGGACUGAGGCUUUACCUGCAGCUGGAUGGGCAGUGGAAGGAUGACACCGUGGGCCUUUGUGGAACCUUCAAUGGAAACACAGAGGAUGAUUUUCUCUCUCCAGUUGGAGUAACAGAAAGCACUCCAGAGCUGUUUGGAAACACGUGGAAAACGUCCUCGGCGUGUGCUGCCGGGCAGGGCAGCUCCCGGCUGGACCCGUGUGAUGUUCAUCUGCAGGCAGCCUCUUAUGCAGCGGAAGCUUGUAGCAUCCUUACGAAAGAUCUUUUUGCUCCAUGCUACCCCUAUUUGAGCCCUGUUCCCUAUUUUGAGCAGUGCAGAAGAGACACUUGCAAAUGUGGACAGACUUGUUUUUGCUCUGCUCUGGCUCAUUACGCUCAUCACUGCCGAAGGUUUGGAGUUGUAAUCGAUUUCAGAGGAGCUGUCCCAGACUGUGCUCUUUCAUGUGAAGACACAAAGGAGUACAGUACCUGUGGGUCUACCUGUGGCAGGACCUGCCAAGCCCUGUCUGUGCCAGAGGCAUGCAGCAGUGACUGUGUGGAAGGCUGUGCUUGUCCCUCUGGAAUGUUCCUGCAUCCCCAGAGCGAGCGCUGCGUGCCCAGAAAUGAAUGCCCAUGUUAUUUCCAAGGAAUUGACUAUCCCCCUGGAGAACAUGUCAUGACAUCUUUAGGCAAAUGCCAUUGCAGGGAUGGUGUCAUGAACUGUGAUAACAACAUAGUAGCACACAGCUGCCCAGCUGGCCAGAUUUAUAUCAACUGCAGCAAUGCAGGGGUGGAUGCUGAGCUGAGCAGAGAGAGGAGCUGUGAGAACCUGCUGCUGAACCUCACGUGGGCAGCACACCUUCCCUGUGUGUCAGGCUGUGUGUGCCCACCGGGUCUUGUGAAACAUGGGGACGUGUGCUUGGAUGCAGAUGAAUGUCCGUGCUCAUGGAAAGGAAAGGAAUAUUUUCCAGGUGACAAAGUCAUUUCUUCCUGUCAUACCUGCGUGUGCCAGCACGGCUCGUUCCAGUGCAGCUUCCAGCCCUGCCCGUCCAUGUGCUCGGCGUACGGGGACCGCCACUACCGCACCUUCGACGGGCUCACCUUCGACUUCCCGGGCACCUGCAAGGUCUACCUGGUCAAGGGUACUUCUUCAACCAGUCUUUCUAUCAUUACAGAGAAUAUCGACUGCUUUAGUACUGGAAUCAUUUGCAGAAAAAACGUUUUCAUUAAUGUUGGAAAAUCUUUUUUAGUAUUUGAUGAUGAAACUGGAAAUCCAAGUUUAUCUAGUCACAUAGAUGGCCUACAGAAACUGCAGAUAUGGAGAGCUGGGUUUUUCACUGUUGUUCAUUUUCCUGAUGAGCACAUCACGGUUCUUUGGGACCAGAGAACAACAGUUCAUGUGCAGAUGGGCCAUCAGUGGCAGGGAGAAUUGACUGGAUUAUGUGGAAAUUUUGAUUUGAAGACAGUAAAUGAACUGAGGACUCCAGAUAAUUUUGAAUUAACAAACUCACUAGAGUUUGGAAAGAGUUGGACAGCUGUAGAGUGUGCUGACAGCUCUGACAUUCGAAAUCCGUGCAGUGUGAACCCCCUGAGGGAGCCCUUUGCCAAGAAGGAAUGUGGGAUUCUGCUGAGUGAAGCUUUUGGAGCUUGCCACCCUGUGAUUGACGUCACCUGGUUUUACUCCAACUGCCUGGCAGACACUUGUGGCUGUGACCAGGGGGGUGACUGUGAGUGUUUCUGCACCAGUGUCUCAGCCUAUGCCCACCAGUGCUGCCAGCACGGCGUUGCUGUGGACUGGAGAUCUCCCAGAGUGUGCCCUUAUGAUUGUGAAUAUUUCAACAAAGCUCUGGGAAAAGGCCCAUACAAGCUGGUCAGCUAUCUGGAUGGAAAACUUGUAAUAGCAGCAGAAUUGGUGGAUGGUGCUGUGUUCCCUGUGAGAGAAGAUGAUAUUGUUCCUGGCCAUGUCGUGAGCUUUAUGCUGACUUCAGGACUCUACAAACCCAAAGCACAUGAUUCCAGCUUGAUUUCAUUUGAAACAGCUGAGAGACCAAAUUAUUUUCUUCAGUUGGCCUCCAAUAAUACUCUUGUUGUUUCUAAAUGGAAAAAAUUGGAAGAUUUUCACAACAGAUCUACAUUUGUCAUUCACAAGAAUACGUGGCUUUCAGGAUACAGUUCCUUUGAGUCAUUUGCAAAACCAGGAUACUUCAUCCACAUUUCAGCCUCUUCAGUUGAGCUUUUGAAGUACCAUCAUUCAGAGGAGUUCAGACUGUCAACCCUUUUUAAACUUGUAGAUGUCAGGUUUAAGCUCCUGUCCCGUUCCCCGUGUGAGUGGCGUUAUGAUUCCUGCACCAGCCCUUGCUUCAAGACGUGCAGGGACCCCUGGGGAAAACACUGUCAGACAGUGCCAAAAGUGGAAGGAUGCAUCCCUGCCUGUCCUCUCAACAUGUUGCUGGAUGAAAUCACUCAAAGAUGCGUGUAUUUUGAGGACUGCAUUGAACCUGCAGAUGACAGCCCACCUUUUCUUGUCAGCAUUCAAACCUCAGCAGCUCCACAUCCAACCCCAAGUGCAAGUCUGGCAGUGAUCAGUGGAGAGGGAACUUCACUGCCUGCACCUGAAGCAAAGGAAACAGCACUUGGUACAAAACUGCCACUCACUGCAACUCCAGGGAAACCAGAAUCUCCAGCUACUACAUCCAGUAAAACGCUUCCAGCUGUAACUUUAUCACCAGCUAUUUCUUCACAGUCAACAGAAAUGACAUCUGGGAGAAGCACUACAGCAGUGACUGGGACAACAAAAUCUGGUGGAAGCUUGUCUGCUCCUGUUGACAUCUCUGCUUUGUUUCCAUCUGCUUUCAGCUCUGCAGCUUCCACAGGGCUGCAGCUGAUCAGCACUGGCUCCACUCAACUGCUGAGGGCUACAGAAACCCAGGCAGCAGCUGCUACACAGGCAGUGACCACGAGAACAGAAUCAGAGAGCAAAGCAAUUGCUGCUGCUUUUUUUACUGGGGCACCACUUAUGCUUAGUACAACAGAAAUGCCAGUCAAAACUAAAAUAAUGGAGUUAUCAGAAACGGCCACAAGAACACCUCCCACGAAGGAAGCACGAGUAAAACAAGAAGGAUUUACAACAUUUACACCCAGUUCAUUUGAAUCAGUAACAGAAAAAACUACUGCAUAUGUGCCACAGUUUUCUGCAUCACCUCUGGAUGUGUCUUCAUAUUCACCACCAGUAAACUUAACAGGAGCUUCAGAAGGGACAAAAAUAAGUGUAGAACAGUCUUUUACCACAGUAGCUAAUGUUACAGUGACAUCAUUUUCUCCUGUACUCACUACUUCAUCUUUGUUAAAGCCACUGUCUUCAGCAACAACAGAAGCAGCAGCUGUUUUAACCAAACACAGUGUGAAGACAACAUUUUCACCAACAUCCAUGGCACCCACUUCAUUGGGAAAGACAAGUACAGAGCCUCCUCUUGGAAUGGUUCAACAGCUGACUGGUACUGCAGAGGUUCUUCUCACAACAACUCUAGGUCCAAAGAUGACAACUCUACAAACCCAAGAGACAUCACCAGAAACAACUUUGUUAUCAUUUACAACUCAUAAAAAGGAAAUCCCAAAAGUGACAUCUCAUGUGGAGCAUACACCAAGUUCCCAUUUCCCUCCCUAUUCAGCACAUCCUGGUUCUAGUACUGAAAAAUCCUUCAUUCUUUCUACAAAGAGACCUGCAGUGUCUGCUCCUACUGCUCCUUCUCCAGCUUCAGGUGAAUUAAAAAAAACAUUUAAAACUGUUUCAACUACUGGAUAUCCCUCACACAUGGUUCUAAACACAACUGAGUUCCUGACUACAUUAUACACUGAAUAUCCUGUCAUGGCUGAGACCAUCAGUGUGACACCUUUUUCUGCUAAGGUAACAUCCAAAAUAACAUCCCCUCUUGAAAUGGCCACAAAGUCAACUUUGUUUUCUGGAAAAGUAUCUGCUGAUACUCUGGUUUCAAGUACAGUGAAGACAAGCACUCCAGUAUAUUCAGGGAGUGUUACCACAUCAGCAGUGAAAACCAAAGAAACCAUCACAGCUCCUUUUGCAGUGACAGAAGGAGAAUCACUGCAAAGAACAUCCAUCACUGGGUCUGCACUUGCCCUCUCCAGUGGCACUGAAACCACAUUGUUGACAACACAGCCUGAUAAAUCACAACUAGAAGCUAUUACUGCCAUCUCUGCUGGAAAGCCAUCUGCUUUAUCUUUUUCACCAUCAGGUGCUCCAAUAUCUUUAAACAUUUCUCUUCCUUCACUACCCUCAGAUGGAAAAGAAGCCCUGCUGACAACUCUCAGUCCCGUGCAUACAUCCCAUGAAAUAAUUCCAGUAACAAAGUCUUCAUAUACUUUCUCCACCUCUCAGUAUCUAGGAGAUAAAUUAUUUUCUUCACCUUCUUUAACACAGCUGCUACCAGAAGUAACAACUGCACCAAAACACUCAGUAGAAACUGAAAUGGUUUCUACAGCAUUAGAGCCUGCAGUCCAGAGCAGAACAGAAGCAGUGAAACUUGCAGAAGCUGCAGCUCAGCCAUCCCUGCCUCCAUCUCCAGCAGGUCCCUUCUCCUUGCAGGCAUCUUCAGGAGCUGAACUUCCAGUACAGACCACAAGGACCAGUGUUAGACCACCACCUUCUACUGAGAAAACCACAGAAUUUGAUAGUCACACCUCUGGACCUUCACUGCCAAGCCAAGUUCACCAGCCUCCUGCAGAAUCUCUGACAGAAUCCCCUGGUCAGCCACAAGCUGCCUUUGGCACCACUGAAGCUGCAGUGGGACUGACUUCCUCAGUGCCUGAAGGCACUCACUCAGCUGUGGUGCCUACCUCAGCACGUCCUACCAAAGUUGUUUUACCCACUCAGAAAUAUCUGCAUUUAACUGGUUCAGUCACACAGCCACUUGUAUCUAGAACUUCUGUUGUGCAGCCUACAGUCCCAGCCAGAGCAACAGCUGACCUGAUUCAUGGCACCAAAUUUCCCCCUCUCUCACCAGAGGUGCUUGCUGCUUCCUCUUCUUCAACAACGAUUAAAAAAGAACCUUUUCCUUCAUUUUCCACACAAAAGGCAGCUACAGAUCUAAAAUUCACACAUCAGGCCUCGUUUACUAAAUCCUUUGAUACAAAACAAACACUUGGAGCUUCACGGGAUUCCCAGUCAACCUCUUCAAUGGUUUUGCCACCAGGACCAACAGAAAUUCCUGUUGCCUUGGGAGCCACGUCAAGGGAAAGUGGGACAGGGGAACCUCAGCAGGUGACAGCUCCUGCCAGCACCUCCAGGACCCUGGUCCCAGCGAGGACAGCCUUGCCCACUGCAGCCCCAGCCUCUGCAGAGACCAGCAGUGCUGGGCAGAGCCUCAGCAGGGCAGCAGCAGGCACAGAGCCCGUGUCCAGCUCCCCUUCUGUCACUCCAGAAGCAAAAGGAGCCGUGGCCCUGCACACAGUGAAGGCUGAGGAGUCCCAGUUUACAGCAGGGCUCCAGUCUGUCCUUGCUCAGGGUGUUGGUGUCACCCCUCAGGCGUUUCACCCUCCCCAUUUCACAAACACAUCUUCCCCUGUGUCCCCUGUGCAUUCACCUGCUGAGUCAAAACCAUUCUCCUCUGCAGCUCCCUCAGCACUCAGCACCACUCAGACUUCAACACCUGAAAUAACACCUGGCAGGCAAACACCUUCAGUGGGUUCACUGCUAAUGGUGUCUGACCAUCCAAAUGACACAGCAGCUCCAUCAGUUUCCUCUUUUACUUCUUUAUCUACCAAACCUCUUCGUGGCCUGACUGCAACAUUUCCUGAUGGACUGGCAAUAGCUGAAUCCAUGGCAGGAGCUGCAGGAUCCCCUUUUAUGUUGCCUCAACAAACAGCAACUCUUCAAACUUGUACACCAAUCACAGAGAGUGAGUGCAUAAAGCACAUUUGUUUGGAUGGACAGCUGAUCCAGGUGAACAAGUCACAGAACUGCCCCUACAGUGCUGCUCAGCCCAGCUGUGGAGUUUUAGGACUUGCUGCUCAAACAAAUGGUGACAAAUGCUGCCCAAAGUGGGAAUGUGCAUGUCGUUGCACCAUUUUCUCUGAUCUGAGCAUUGUAACCUAUGAUGGAAAUCAUUUGGCUUUAUUCAAAGAAGCAUCCUACAUUGUUAGUCAAACUCCAGAUGAAACUAUAACCAUCCAUGUCCUUGACUGUAGAAUGAGUAAUUCAAGUUCAACUUCUUUGUGCCUGGCAAUGUUGAACCUAAGUUAUGCAUCAAACCAAAUUAUUAUCAAUCGUUUAAGCAGAAAAAUAACAGUAAACUCAAGAUCUGCUUGGCCUACUGUUAGAAAAUAUGGAUAUAAAGUUGAAGAUUCAGGCUUCAAGUAUGCAAUUGAGACCCCAACAAAAAUCAGAAUUGAGUGGUUUCACAGCACAGGUGUGAUGAUUAUUGACUUGAAUAGCACCAGAGAGCCAGGAGCUUUGGGACUAUGUGGGUUUUGUGAUAGAAGCUUGGAAAAUGACUUGAUGCUCCCCAACAGGACAGUUCUAAGCCAAAGCAGCUCACCCUCAGCUUUUAUAGACAGCUGGCAAGUGCCAGACACGUUGAAGUAUGUUGGAGAAGACAGGCAUCAGGAAACGAAUUGCUCAGUCAUGGACUGCUCAGAGUGCUUAAGAAUGGUGUUGAACCAGACCUUCAGCAGCUGUCACCCUUAUAUUCCACCUGAACAAUUCUGUGAUAUAUGGGCUCGGGACACCGAGUACAUUCGAAAUCCUUGUGUUUCCCUGGCUGCCUAUGUGGCAAUGUGCAACAAGUUCAAUAUUUGCAUAGAGUGGAGGAGCUCUGAUUACUGCCCCUUCCCCUGCUCUGAAAGCUUCUCCUACCAGCCCUGCAUAGCUGCCUGUGAGGUUGCAGAGAGCUGCCAGGAUAAGGAGGCUGCUCCUCUGGGCUCAGGCUCCUGCUCGGUGCUGACUGAAGGCUGUGUCUGUGCUGGAGGGACCAUCCUGCACCACACUCAUGCUGCUGUCUGCAUUCCUCCAGAAAAAUGUGCUUGUACAGACAGCUCAGGAACUCCUCGUGCCGUGGGGGAGAUGUGGAGAACUUCCUCGGGGGGAUGCUGCCUGCAGGAAUGUGCUGGCAGCGGCACCAUCGUCCCAGUGGAGCACAACUGUUCAGACAUUGACAGCCUGGAGUGCCAGCGCUUUGCUGAAGUGCCCUUGCUUGUUCCUGAUGAUCAGACAUGCUGUCCUCAGAAGAUCUGUGUUUGUAAUCAGAGUCUCUGUGAACUCCUAAUUCCUGAGUGUAGCAGCUUGGAAAAGUUGGUGACCUACUACAGUGAGGAAUCCUGCUGUCCCAGCUACGUUUGUGAAUGUGAUCCAGAAAAAUGUGAACCACUGGAGCAGAUGCCAAGCUGCCAGGAUGAUCAAACACUGAUUGCUGCCCGGGUGGAGAAUACCUGCUGCAUUUCCCACAUGUGUGCAUGUGGGCCUUGCUCAGAUCAAAUUCCCAAAUGUCAAGAAGGGGAAGUUCUCAUUGUGGAUGGCAACACAACUGACAGGUGCUGCCCUGCAUACCAGUGCAUCUGUGAAACACAGCGUUGUCCUGAAUUCAAAUGCAUGCUGGGCAUGUCUCUGGUGGAGGUGUGGAGCCCGGAGCAGUGCUGUCCCUUCAGGACCUGUGAAUGUGCAUGUGAAACAAUCCCCAAACCUCAGUGCAAACUGGGGCAGAAACUUCAGAUAGAUGAACUGUUUCAGAACAGUACAGAAAAUGUCUGUAACUGUGUGAAGUACAAAUGUGUGAGAGACAAAGUUUGCCUGAGUGAUGAGAGAGGUGUGCUCCUUCCUGGGCAGAGCAUCGUGGAGCACAGGGCAGGUGGCAUUUGCCACAUUUCCUAUUGUACAAAUGUCAUUGAUCCCUCCACUAAAUACUACCAGAUAAACACAUCUUCCACAGACUGUGCUGCCAAGUGCAAAGCUAACCAAGUCUAUCAGCCUCCAAAAGAUUUAACCACUUGCUGUGGUAGCUGCAAGAACUUGUCUUGUCUCCACACUUUCAGCAAUGGCACAGUCACCAGUUUUAAGCCUGGUGCUGUUUGGGUUUCCAACUGCAUCAGAUAUGAAUGCAGCAGCACAGCAAUAGGAGCAGUCCUGGUUUCCUCUGCAGUGGGAUGCCCACCCUUUAAUGAGACUGAAUGUGUCAAGGUUGGAGGCUCUGUUGUGCCAUUUUUAGAAGGAUGCUGCAAAACAUGUAAGGAAGAUGGUAAAUUCUGUAAGAAGGUGACUGUGAGGAUGACCAUCCGCAAGAACGACUGCAGGAGCAGCACGCCAGUGAACAUCGUGUCGUGCGAUGGGAAGUGCCCGUCCGCCAGCAUUUACAACUACAACAUCAACAGCUACGCCCGCUUCUGCAAGUGCUGCAGGGAGCUGGGGCUGCACAGGAGGGCUGUGCAGCUCUACUGCACCAGCAAUUCCACCUGGGUCACCUACUCCAUCCAGGAGCCCACCGACUGCUCUUGCCAAUGGUCUUAA